UCAUAUGGUGUUCCUGUGAAGUUCGUAUGCAUUUCUAGGUUAAGUGUUGUGAGUUUUAAAUAUUGUACAACAAAAUUGUUAUAAAUGGAUUUCUUAGUUGUCAAAUGUACCAAUAUUUUUGAACGAAACAGGUUGGUGACGUUAGCAUUCACAGGCUCAAUCGGCAUGACACUAGUCAUUCUGGCUUGUGCUCUGCCUGCCGAAAAAGUUUGGUGGCCAUUCUUUGUGGUGGUCUUCUAUGUGCUGGCGCCAAUGCCAACUAUACUGGCCCGUCGCUACACCGAACACACGGGUUCUUCCAACUCUAGCAUCGAGCUGGCCAUCUUUCUGACAAUGGGCUUUGUAGUAUCAUCCUUCGCUUUGCCCAUUGUACUAGCUCGUGCCCCAGCUGUUGUCCCCGUUAUCCAGUGGAGUGCUUGCUACCUGACUCUUGCAGGUAACAUAAUCGUCUACCUCACGUACAUCGGUUUCUUCGUCACACUUUACCAAGAAGACAGUGACUACAGCAUGUGGUGAUACUCUAGCAUUCCUGUGAUCGUAUCUGCAUCUAGUCUUACGACUAUUAAAUACACCUUCGUUAUGUUUUUAUUCAUCACUUAAUGUGUUAAAUUUUAUCGGUAAUUUAGUAUAAGGUUUAAUUUUAGUCUUUUUUAUGAACUUUUAUGUAGUGGUGUCUCUUGUUGUGCCCUGUCGGAAAUGGCGACACUGUACAGAAUAAUGUGAAUAUAUUGACGGUGAGUAAUUAUGGUGAAAGUGUAUAGAAUAAAGUGAAUAAUAGUGAUGAUGGAAAUGACGUAGUCGCGUAGAUUGUGCAAUGAUCCCCAAGCACAUUAUUCAGUCAUAUAAAAAUUAGUCCCAAAGACAUAAAAGAGGUUUUGAGUUUGGAAGCUGAGUCUCUUAUUAAGUAACUAUCUAUGACACUUUUGACAAUUGUUUAAUUUAUUUUAAAGGUAUUUGUUAUUUGCUACUUAUUAAAAUAUUUAUUUAUUCGUAUUAAGGGAUUACUUUAGUUUUUACACAACAAAUGUUAAUUUGUAGUAUUAACAAGCUGUAAGACUUUAUUUUUUCUGUAAGUAAGGAUCUUAGUUAAGUUUAAAUUCAUUUGUGUAUAUUAAGAAUUAAAAAUUCCCUUUACAGAA